AUGCAAAAAAGUUAUUAUUCAUCAUGGAAUAAUUCACUAAACCAAUUCCAAAUAGAGUUUUUUGUACCAGCAAAUGCACCCAGCGGCAUUAUACCAUUUACAAUAAUGUCACCAACUGGUGACUAUAUUCACUCCCAAUUUUUACAAGAUGAUCAGCAACUUAGAGUUACAUCAAAAAAUGUAGAUGUAUUAGGUCCAAUAAUAACUAGUAUUAAACCUUUCACUGUCGAAAAUAUGGGUAUUGGGUGGGAAAUAGUAAUAAGUGACCCUAUUAAUGGUUUUUUAAAUGGUCAUUUCCAAAUCAGAGGGGAUAUUGACUCCUCAGUAUAUAAUAUUACUUUAAUAAACAAUGAACUAAUUAAAGGAGACAUAUGGAAUGGAACGUACAAAAUUUUUAUCAACUUAACAUCUGAUCCAUGCUUUACCCAAUCCUACACCAUAUAUUCAAUUGAACUAAAUGACUACCAAUUCAUUAAAAGUCAAUUUUCAAAAUCACCAAGC